CUGGCGUUUGUGUUUUGCACUUGGUUUCUCGUGAUGUCGGCAUCGGGUGGUUGUGGCUUGCCAACUGUCACCACCAGGGUUUGUAGAAUAAGAUCCACACUUUUUGUUGACCCUUGGUUCUGACUGACACUGGGUCUUGAGUUAAGGUGAGGAGUGUAGUGCUCUGAGGUAAUCAAUCACACUAUGGCACAGCCACAAACUGGACCUCCUGGGGGUCAACCAGGUCACGGCCCUGGUCCUGGUCCUGGUCCUGGUCCUGGAAUCAACAUGAAUGCUGGUCCGGUUCCCGUUCCUGGCACCAUGGGCCCAAUGUCGUUGGCAUCGCAUCCUGGUGCACUGCCACCUUUCUCACCAUCAGUUCAGUUCUCCCAUCCAGCUCAGCCGCCGUUCAAUACUGCUCACCUUCGUCCAAUGGGUGCUCCGCCGCCGCGGUUUGCACCGCCUCCUGGUCCUCCUCCCCAAGGUCCCCCGCCAUCAGGUAUGGGCCCCCCUUUGCCUGGUCCUCCGCUACCUGCAGGGGGUCCUCCUAGACCACCCCCUCUUGGUGUGCCUCCUCCUGGGGGGCCGCCUUGUGGGCCCAUGCCUGGGCGUUCUCCUCUUGCUGGUUCAGGUCCACGUCAUGGAAUUCCUUCUGGACCUCCUCACGGCCCUCCUGGAAAUCCUCUAGGACCUGGCCAUAUCCCUCCUGGAAAUCCUCUAGGACCUGGCAAUGUGCAUUGUCCCGGUUCCCUGACGACAUUUCCUCCUCUUGUUCCACUUGGUCCGCAUAUGGGACCUCCUCCGGGCUCUCUUCCCGGCCCUCCACCCACUGCUCCUCCUGGACCUCCGCCUAAUGCUCCUCCUGGUAUUCCACUGGGUGUUCCUGGACCUCCUGGCGUUCCUGCGGGUCUUGGUGCACCUCUUGGACCCCCACAUGGUAUUCCCCCUAGAUUUCCUCUUGGUCCUCCUCCUGGACCCCCGCCUGGCAUCCCUGGUGCCCCUCCCGGGCCACCUCCUGCUGCUGGCCCUCCCGGACCUCCUCCUGGUGUCCCACUUGGACCUCCCUCCACUGUUCCUCUGCAUGGACCCCCCCCCCUUCGCCCCCUGGGCCCCCCUCUUGGUGUCCCUCCUGGACCUCCUGGUGCUCCUCCUGGCCCUCCUUGUGCUCCGUCAGGACCUCCCGGGGGUGGGCGACCUGCGGACCCUAAUCUUGCCAACGGUGGUAUGCCGCCUGGUGUCCAUCCUCCUGCCAGUGCGGCUACCCCACAUGCUACACCUCAGAUGUUGUCUCCUCACAGCUCUGCAGGAGCCUCACGGGAUUCUCCUGCUGCAUCUGCUGCCACCCCAUCUAGCGAUCCGUCAGCCCCUCCUAUCCCUUCUUCGCCCAAUUUUGCACUGCAUGCCACAUCUGGUGGUCCACCUGGGGUCCCAACUGACAGCCCAUCUGGCACUCGUGGUGUUCAAUCUACGACUCCGCCCGGCCUGCCACAUGCUGGCCAACAUCGGCAAUUCCCUGGAGCGCCACCGAGCAGCACACCUGGGAUGCCCCCAGGUGCCCCACAUGGGAUGAAUGGCCCGUCAGACUCUCAACUCCGCAACCAGUCUGGCAGUGUACCUAGCAAUCUGUCUCUUCCAUCUCAUCGUGCCCUUCCUAAUGCUGCACCCACCGACCCUUCUGCUGCUUCUGCUGGGGCUUCUCCCAAAACUGCUUUGCAUACUUCGUCUGGGGCUCCAUCCUGUGCUUCACCAAAGUCUUCUCCUGGUGCUGGGGGUGCCCCUGCUCAGACGCCUCCUGGUGGCCCUGUGCCCCCCCCGGGCACCCCUGGCGCCUCUCCUCGCCCCGGUCCUGCUCCUUGUGCUCCUGCCAGCCCUCGUACAGAUGCUGUGGUCAAGGGGCAUGGCGCUGUCCCUGCUGGUCCCCCCGGUGCAGCACCCGGGGUUCCCACAGGGAUGCCUCACCCCACUGCAACGACAGCUAUUACAGACGCUGUACCAACUUCCACGAUUGCUGGUUCAACUAGUUGUCCAACCAAUCCUCCAUCUGAUGCUUCAAAUACAGCUCUUGCUGCUGCACAGACAGCCGGUCCAACUACCGUACCACGUAGUGGUCCAAGUACUGAUGCAGCGAUUGCUGCCAGCCAAAAGUCGUCUGGCGGUCCUCCUAGUUCUGUACCCAGCUCUCCAGUAAAAGCUCGUGAGAUUUCUUCUGGGGACGGUCAUUCAGGAACUACGGACGCAGUGACACGUGCUGUAGGUGGUGUGUCUGAGUCCACUCCUACGGGUCCGGGCCCAACAAGUUCCGCGCUUCCUGAUGGUUCCGCUCCUGGUCCUGGUUCAUCUCCAGCCGAUCCAGCUAGACCACCUGGACAACCGCAACCACAACAGUCGCAGGAGUCCCAGCCUUCACUGGAACUGCAACCAUCUCAGCAAAAUCAGCCACCUCAUCAACAAGAGCAGCAGCAGCAGGCUCAGCAGACACACCCUGGAGCAUCAAGUACCCAGGCGGGCCUCUUGGGACCCGGCUUGCGGCCGAUCAGUCCGGCUGCGCCUCCUGGCCUGCCUCAAUUUCUAAGCCAGCUUCCCGCUGGACUCAGACCUUUUAUUCCAGGUGCAGGCUUCAUUGGGCCAGGGAUGACGCAACUUGCACAUCUUGUACCUGCAGGCCACAUGCAGGGGCCUCUGCCCCACCCACAAGGUGCUCAGAUAACCCAUUUUCAUGGUGGUGGAGGAUUUCGGCUACCGCCUCCACCAGGCUCAAUGGGUUUCAACAUCGUUGUUCAGGGGGCUACAGGGCAACCACCAGGUUCGUCUCCGAUGGUCCAAGUGGGACCAAUGUCGUUACCUCAACUUGCUCAACUGCGGCCUCCGCUUCAAUUUUUACAGCCGAUCCAUAUUGCCGGCAUGAUGAGGCCAGGUGAGCAAAUGACUCGGCCCUCAGCUCCCCUGCCGUCAGGCCCGCCACCAGCUGCUUUGCCAGGGUCGAUGGCACCAUGGGGAUCUCCUCAAAUGCAAAUACUUCUACCACAAAUGCACAUGCAACAGCAGCUGCAGGCACAAGCACCACAGUCGCAGCAGCAGCAGCACUCUGACACGCAGUUGCAGGCACAGGGCCAGUUGCAGCAGGUGGCUCAGAUGCAGCAGUCACAGGCUCAGACGCAGGGGGGGCAGCAAAUGCUCCAGGCAGGUCUCACUGCUCCUGGAACCCAGCUUUCGCCUUUGGCAGGUUCCAUGUCGAUGACUUUGCAUCCUCCGGGCGCAGUGCCACAUCAGCAACAUAAGCAGCAGCUUCAGCCUGGAGGAAAGGCCAUGGGCCCAGUCCCAGGUUACCACCAAAUGCCGGGAGCUCAAGGGGCUGUGCCGGGUCUCCCAUCAACAUCAAAUCUGAACCCCAACCAUCCACCAUUGGCGCCUGUUCCAGUCCCAUCCAAUGUGCUCAUCCAGCGUGUCAAGACGUCUCUGGCGGCGGCGGGCAUCCAACAGCAACCGUCCUUGAUGGGUCUGCCCCCUGGUGUGACAGGGACCUGGACCAUGGUUCAAGGACCAGUUUUGGGUCCAAUCGCUGUCCAACCUGCCAAAACGGGAAGUCAGGAAGGGGGUCCCACCACAGCGGGUGGCACAGCUGGCGGAAAGGAUGCAGGCCCUGCUGCAGAUGGCCCGGUGGGAAAGCGAGAUGACGAAGGGUCGGAGAAGAAAACUGUGGGGGGUGAGAUGGCUGAUGCGAAGGUGGACGCCCAAGGUGACAGCGAAAUGAAAGAUGCAGAUACUGCUGGGAAGGAAGGGGGAAAGGACAAGGAAGAGAAAGCCAAAGAAAAUAAGGACAAGGAUAAAGAGGUGGAGGCUAAGAAAUCAAAUCCUGACAUCGAGGAGUCUUGGACAGCUCAUAAGUCAGCCGAUGGAACAAUCUAUUACUACAACUCAAUCACUGGGGAAUCGACGUAUGAGAGGCCAAAAGGAUUCACUGGUCAGCCUGAGAAGGUAGCAGCCCAGCCUACACCUGUCGCGUGGGAACGUCUCACUGGCACAGACUGGGCAUUAGUGACAACAAACGAUGGGAAGAAGUACUACUACAACAUCAAAACGCAGGCGACAAGCUGGCAGGUGCCGCCGGAGGUUACUGAGCUGAAACUCAAGGCGGAGCUGGAGAAGGCAAAAGCUGCAGGCGAUGCAUCACAUGGGGGGUCUGGUGCAUCGAAAGGGAUGUCACUUCCAGCAGCCGUGACCGGAGGGAGGGAAGCCAUCGGUGCCAAGGCACUAAGUGCAGCAUCAUCGGCACUGGAUCUUGUCAAGAAAAAGCUUGCUGAUUCCAGUGCUACGGCAACACCAGGUGUUGCCAGCGUUGAGACCUCGACCGUGGGGCCCGGAACUGCAAAUGGCGCUUCUGCGGGAGGGGGAACAGAGGCCAAAACAGCAGAAGGGGAUAGCAAAGCAGCACCAUCAGGAGAGAAGGGUACUAAAGCAGAGAGUGAUGGCUCGUCCUCUGAGAGUUCCUCCGACAGUGAUGAAGAAGAAGACAAUCUGUCAAAAGAAGAGUGUGCCAACCGGUUUAAGGAGAUGCUCAAGGAGAAGGGUGUGGCCCCAUUUUCAAAGUGGGACAAGGAACUGCCAAAGAUCAUCUUUGAUCCAAGGUUCAAGGCUAUAGCUAGUCACUCUGAGCGCAGGUCACUGUUUGACCAUUAUGUGCGGACGAGAGCAGAUGAGGAGAGAAGGGAGAAACGCGCUGCGUUGAAGGCUGCCAUGGAUGGAUUCAAGCAGCUGUUAAACGAAGCAGAAGGGGAGAUUUCUCACAGUACCGAGUACGAAACUUUUGCUGAAAAGUGGGGAGAGGACCCACGGUUUCUAGCUCUGGAGAAGAAAGAUCGAGAAACUCUCCUAAAUGAGAGGGUACUGCCAUUAAAAAAGGCUGAGGAAGAGCGUGUGAAGGCUGAGAAGGACGCUGCCAUAGCGGCCUUCAAGGAGCUGUUAAAUGAGAAGAAGGAAAUCGUUACAUCCACAGCAAGAUGGUCAAAGACAAAGGACAGUCUCAGAGAUGAUCCAAGGUACAAGGCGUUGCCAAGGGCUGAGAGGGAGGCUAUUUUCCGAGCUCAUGUUGCAGCUUUGCUUGCUGCGGAGCAAGAGGCUGAGCGGAUUGCGAAGGCAAAGAAGGAAGAGGAGGAGAAACAAAAAGCAAGAGAAAGGGAGCUUCGGAAGAGAAAGGAGAGGGAGGAGGAGGAAAUGGAGCGUGCGCGCGUUAAGAUCCGUCGCAAAGAAGCGGUUGUGGCAUUCCAGGCCUUGCUUGUGGAGCGAGUUAAGGAUCCUGAGGCAUCUUGGUUAGAAUACAAGGCAAAACUGGAGAAGGAUUCAUCCGACGGCCGUGAAGAUAUCAUGGACAUCGAGGUUACAGAGCGAGAGCAAAUGUUCAAAGAAUACCUGGUGGUUCUUAACGAGAAAUGCGAACGGGAGUACAUGCAGCUGUUGUCAGAGGAGCUGAGUUACGAUCUUGCUAUUCGGCUGGAUAGGGACGGAAAGACGAUCUUCAACUCGUGGACAGAGGCUCGUAAAGUGUUGAAGACAGACUUGCGGUACCAGAGAUUUCCGCGUAAAGAUAGAGAAUCCUUCUAUCGGAAAUACAUAGAGGACCUUCACCGAAGACUUCGGCGAGGCGCAACGAAUGAUGGAGGCCCUGGUGAUAUGACUGCAAGAGAAGAGGGGGAAAUAGGAAAUGGGACUGGGAGGAGCCCGCUAUCGCGCCAUCACCCAUCGACCAGGUCAUCGCCCAGGCAUGGCUACCAUCUCCGUUCACCGUCGCCUCCCCAUUCACACAGGCAUGGUCAUGGAAAUCGUCGAUAAACGAGUCUCCGCACACAACUCUGGUGUACGAACACGAUUGCUAUCCGAUGGCGCUGUCUGUGGAUGAAGUGUGUAGAUGAAGCGGGCGGCUUGUUCUGCAAGAUGAAUACUUUGCUGAGUACUUCCCGUCCACGACUGCAAGUCUAGCUUUCAAAGAGCACGCUCGUCUGCUGAUAGCCUAGAGGCAUUGCAGCUGUACAAUCCGGUUGGGCCUGUUGAGGAGGUAUUUUUCCUGUUCUUUUCUCUUUACAGCGACAAAUGUUUUGCCGAGUGCUUCCCAAAGUUCCCAUGCACGACUCAAGUGAAGCGCGUGCACAUCGAAGAGCACGCUCGUCUGGUGAGAGUUCCUUACGUUUCCUGUUCUCAACUCCUUACCAGGAUAGAUCCAAUUGUUCUGAUCAAUUUGCAGAGUUACCUUCCAGCACAGUUUUGUUUUUGGUAUUGUUAUGCGUGUGUACAUGUGUAUGCAUAUGUGAGCAGCGAUUGUCCAUCUGCCCGGUCGAUCGACUAGCGAACCAUACAUGCAAUUCUAGAAGAUUGCAACGCUAGAAUGACAUGCGAGUCCGUGGACAAAAAUGGGUAGGGCUAGAAGGAGGCGGAGGAGGAGGAGGAGGAGGGAGGCUGUUGGGAGCGGGGAGUGGUUGGUAUGCGGCAAAUUUAUGUUUCUUUCUAGGGGACAAGGCGAAUCAGUAACUUUUCAGCAGGGUGUGAAUUCAAGGGUGUGGGAAGGACGGAUGAUUACCGACAAGUUUUUUAGCUCUGGCCUCUUCUCGCACCUUGUCAAAAUCCUUUUUUUGCGACCCUUUCCACUCUGGGAUUGCUUGCGUUGUGUCCCUUCUGUUUUGGAAUUCAAGUGUCCACACUAACCCAUCCUUUCUAUUUUGGAAUUCAAGUGUCCACACUAAUCUAUCCUUUGAGUUGUGUCACUUAGAGCUCUUGUACAAUGGCGCAGUGUUUGAGCCUGUCAGUCCAGCCUGUCACUGCGCAGGAUUCAAGGCCCUGUUAGGGACUGUGAGCGCACAGCUGUCAAGACCUGCACGGGCCUGUCGGGGAGGGGCUAUCCUGUAAGUCCAGCUGGUGGUUCCGUGGUACGGUUUCAAGGAGGAAGGGUAGCACGAGAGGGUACGUGAUUGUCUGUAUUUGGAGUGGGCAGUUCAGAAUGAUACCCUUUAUUUUUCGGGUUUCUUCUCGCCGGGAGGAUGGAGCCAAGGGAAGGGGUGGCGGGGGGUGCAGGGGGAAGAGUGGGAGGAGGGGGAGGGAGGGGAUUGUCUAGAUUCGGGGUAGGGCAUUGCUCAGGCUGAUGAUGGAGCGAUGGUCAGGUUCGAUUCCCAGCAAUGCAGAUUGGAUCACUAGAACCAAUUAAUUGGGAUUUUUGCCACUGCUGAACCUUUUUCCCUUGAUGCAGAAGCGGGGAAUGAUUGCAGUUGUUACUCCGGCGUAAUGAGAAUGGGCUGUUGGUCCCCAGAUGAUAGCAGAUGAGUGAUUGAUCUGAUGGUUGGAAUUGGGAAGUGUUCCACGGGUGUGCACUGUGCAGGAUUGGAUGCCUGCUUCAGGCCUGCACCUCAACUCACCGGGAUGUGAGCUGCUUGUCAGUACGCGCAGCAUUUUUAAUCUGCUCUUUUCAUAGAGGGGGGAGGCUCGGUAGGGAAGGGAUUGCUGUGUUUAGGUUCACUGUGAAGAAGUGAUUAGGCUAAUGAUGAGGGUGAUGCUCAGGUUCGAUUCCUAGCAAAAUGCAGAUUGUAAUUACUAGGGAUUUUUGCAACUGUUCACCCUUCACCCUCGAUGCAGAAGUUUAUGGGGAAUGACUGCAAUUGCUACUCCGAGAAACCGAAUGAGCAUGGGCUGUUGUUCCCCUGAUGACAGUAGAUCAAGUUGCUGAUCUGACGGCUCAGAGUUGGGAACUGUUCCGUGAACAUGCAGGCAGGAGUAGUUCCAUGGCAGUAGCUUGCACAGCCUUCCUGAUUACUUGUCAUAUUUUUAAAAAAGGUUGGGCAGAGAGAGCGUGUGUGUUUUGAACGGGAAGGUAAUUUAUCCAUGAAGCUCUCCUCCCAUCUUGCCCCCCGAAUAGAACAUAUGGUCAUGAUAGCCGUAUCUGGCUCACCUUUCAGUCCAGAUGCAGCAAAAAGGACUAUACGGUCAGGUGAAGAAGGUAGUCUCCUCCCUCCCCCGUCAACCUCGACGGUUCUUCUUGAUGCUCUACCUCUGUAUGAAUAAAGUCUAUUGCUGCAACGAG